AUGCCGUCUCCGUUUAAGAAUCCGGCCCUCGUCAAGGAUGAGACCAAUCCGAACUCCACGUCAAUGAAGGAUGCGUUUCGUCCAGGCCAGAAGAACCCAACGCAUGAUCUUGAGUUAUGGUGCGACCUCAAAAAUAAGUGUAUAUAAGUACUUGGAUUUGCUGCAAAAGCGAGGAUAGUUCUUGAGAUGGGUUUUCUGACACGACAACUUGCUGUUUUAGUAUUCUUAUCUGCUGGGGUUGAACAGUGCGUACAUGUAUGGUUCUGGUAUUUGGUAUAGCCUGAAUUUGAUCCUAAGGGUUCUCUUCUUGUUUUCCCUUAGGAUCCAACUCAGGUUACCAAAUACCAGAACCAUUCAGUACAACUAGUUUCCCAUUUUCCAAGAAUCUAGUCCAUAAUUAUAAUUCGUAAUAUACAAGAACAAGCAGUCAAAAUCAAAAAAUUUUCUUUCUGCUAAGGAUCGAGUUCAUGGAAAAGCAUGGUGGCCCGAACGCAUUCGACAACUACGAAUCGGUCACCGUACGCAACCAGACGAGCUAUGACCACUACUUCAACGAUCCUGAGUGGAAGGCGCUACUAAAGAUGCAAAAUGCACCACUCGAAGAGGAACAGAAGGAAGAGGUAAGUAGUGUUUUUGGCUUUGUGUGGUUCGUUUCAGUUUGGUGGAGAUUGGUCUCAGUUUGAUUGUGUAGUGGAAAUACAUAGAACUAGAGUACUUAAAUAAUUUGUUGUACAACUACUUUUUGUAUCAUUGAAGACUUCAUCUAGUUGUACUCGAACCUACGUUGUCCUAGCAGGUGCGGCCUGGCCGCGAAGCGGUAAACCCUCAACCUUAACCUUAACCUCUACUUGUAAUUGUAUCAUGAUUUAUGAAAGUAAUUCAUCAUCCUACAACAACUACCCGCCUACUUAGGUAGAAGUAGCUGUGAUCAAGAUCAUUGAAGAUGACUUCAUCAUAAUAUACCAGGCUAGUGACUCCCCACCGAAAGUAGACACGUUUGAGCGAUGUUUGGGGCAUCGCGUCUACGACCUAGAGGAACCAUGGAGCAAGGAGACGGGUCGUUUCUGGCGUGAAGGGAAUAAUUAUGGAAGCAGGUUGAUGAAGAUAGAUGUCCUGAUGAAGAUACAUGUCCUAAACAGAAAACAUACAAGGACAUAACUCAACUUUCCUGAGUCAGUUAAAGUUUACUAAGUUGCCUCAAGUAGUACAAAAUUGUUAUUUUUCUUUUGAAGAUGUUUGUCCCCACGAGAGAAUUCAGUCUGGUUUUGCUUCAUCUUUUCGUUUGUACUUUGUUCCCGUUCAAUAUUUUACGUUUACAACUUUACAAUCCUCGAUGUUGAACCUCCAGCAGAACUUCUUUCCACUUUAUGUGAUAAGUAGAACUAGAACGUAAUAAAGCCGUAAAUUCAUAAGUUACCUCUUAUUGCUGUGCCAUCUUCUACUUACACCUUGAUGUUGUAGCUCUUGCUCUGCUUCUAAUGUUCGGAUCUGAAUGCAGCCAAAGACUACCGAUCCAAAGGUCCGCGUCAGAUGUUGCACGAAGUCGCUGCAGCCGGUCACGCAGGCACUUAUCUGGAGGAGGUAGAGGAAAUCGAGAGCAAGCGGUGCGUCUUUGAAAGACCAGAACCAACAAUGAAGGAAGCAAUGCUCAGGACAGGUAAUACUGUAGAAUAAUGAAAGAGGCCACGCGUAGGACUACAGGUACAACUACUAGAACUAGAAUAAUGAUGAAGGAAGCAAUGCUCAGGACAGGCACUUACAACGCCAACGGGAAGGUCACCUAGAAGAAGUUUUGAAACAAAAAAAAGCAAAAUAUGGCUACAACCCAAACACUUCCCCUUCCACCCCUUGUGCAAACUUCAGACGUACCCCUGGACUGGGUUUCCUCCCACUAGUACUACUACUGCUUGUUGCUGCUCGGUAGCCUUCCACUUGCAGCUACUUUUGGUGCUUCCGGUUUUGAUGUUUGGUUACUUGUUCCUUUUAUUGUUCUCUGGAGGUGGACUCCAAAAACAUCAUAUUCAACAACUAUACAGGACUUCCCGUAUCCGAUGGCAGCCCCUCGAAGGGAAGAAAGAGUGCAGAUAAGAAAGCGACGCAGCCAGUGACAAAUUUGCGCACACAGACAGCAUAUACGAAGGACGCACCAAUCACCUUCUAUAGCGAGCAACUGAAGAGCGAUGCACGUACAUUUAGCCAAUUUGAUUGCAAUUCUAUUUCUACUAGUACUAGAGUUGUACUAGGAGUUGGACGAGUGGCAGGGCGUUCUAUCACAUUCUUUUUCCCAUAAUAUCCUUGACCAUGUUGUUGUUGAUGUUGUCUAGCAUUUGACAACGAUGAAUAAUUGCAAACUUCAUCGGGAAACAAUCCUCCUGUAGUUUAAUUACAACCUUUUUACCUCCUAAGCCUCAUCCUAAAGAACCUUAAAUGAGUCGAAUUCAAAUCUGCACCAGCUUUCGUCCGAUCUACGGUUUACACGUCUGCUAUUACGGGACAUCAAGUUUUUGGGAAAAACAGCAAGUUUUCAGCGCCGACGCAGUUGAGUGUAACGAGUAUCCCACAUAAGACUGAGGCUGACAACACCAUGUUCCACGAAAGUGAGGACCGACGACGAGCUGGGGACCCACGCCCUUCUGCCAGUAGCGCGUCUAGCAGCACCUUGAGCGGAAACUUGUCAUUGCCUUAAGGCUAUCCGAUAAUUCUGUAUAAUGAUUUUUAUUUUGACGAAAAAAUUGAAGUACUCAGUAGUACGUAGAAGUAUGUUCCCUUCCUUGUACGAGAAGGGAAGAACAAGGAUAAAGGGUAUGCUCAAAAAUAUAUGAUUACCAGACAGAGUUCUGUGCAGGUUCUAAUUCCCGCAUCUGAAAAUCACGUUAGUUGCUGGAUUACGAGAACGUGGUGGACCCCUCUGCCUAGCGAAGUUGAGGAAAGGACUCGCUAGUGUUGCAGAUGCAGGCGGCUUCGUCCAGACAUUUAAGGGAAGUAGAUGGAAGAUCAUCAUCAUCAUUGCUUCUGGAGAAAAAUACUAAUUUUUCACAUUAGCAGAAGAAUAGUUAUAACACGAAAUUUCAAGAAGACAAGAAGAUAUUGGACAUUCUAAGAACAAAGCACGUAGUCUCUAAUGAAGCGGAUGCAGCACAGAUGCUGACGGUAUCAGGUGUGGACCAAAAAUGUAUCGGUUACCUCCUAGAGCGGAUGGAGAUUGAUACUGCAGUCGCAAUUGACCGGGUAAUGCAAGCACUGAGGCCUCCGAUCCGCGAGAAGGGCGAUCGGGAUCUCUUCAUUAAAGGUAGUACUUACGCACUCUGAAGAUGAUGUGUCUUUUCCACCUCUUCGUCUUCCACCUUUUGAAAACAAUCAGAUGAACAAUGGUGUAGUUCUACUGCUGAUCCCGAACCCUCCUGAGAGUGAGACGACCUUCGUAAUCAUUAGCUCAAGAAUGAAUUUCCCCCAAAAACAUCAAACCAGAUAUCCUGUCGUCAUCAGAAGGAUGGGAGGCAGUGUGCAGCAAGUAUGCGGACAAGUUCGGUGUAAAAUCGAAGGAUCAGGCGCGCAUAUUUUUGACAGAUCUAGGCGCCGUUUGUGCCGAUGCAGCAGAAAUGCAAGCAGUUCUUGCGGACGAUGAGAGCUAAUCCCAUUAGUCCUGCUUACGUACACUGACCCCCAUCGUCGAAUUGUUCCACCUGCCCGGAACGGACAACAUCCCCUUUUGUUCUUUGAUAUCAUCUCUAGAUCGACUCAAAAAUUUUGUCUUGUCAUCGCUGGAAAGCAAAGUCAAUACUAUCAAGACGUGUCAUAUUCGAAGCAUAGUAAGUUGUAGUACAACAUCAAGCAGCUCAUAUUCAUGAGUCUUACAACAAGUAUGCUCAAGUAAGUAGUAGCGGCACCCUUAUUCAUCAUUGCUGCAGUAGCACAACAUCAUCUUCUUUAUCGACUAGUAGCACAAGAAAAGUAACAAAGAUCAUGCUUCGUAGAAAAUGUCAUAUUUUCGUCCACCCACAUUACACAAAUGAACCUCGUCGUCAAAUAUUUCACGAUAAUGUUUUCAUGUUCAUGUUGCAUUAGAGAAUGAUUCUUCAUCAACAUCUUAAGUAGUAGUAAGUAGCCUCUCAAGGUAACAAGUACAACAUUCCAUUUCAUCCAGUUAGUAACCAAAAAGUAACAUGCCAGAUCAUCGUCAGUACGAUGGUCGACCCUAGUAGAAGUACAACGUCAACAAGAAGUACCUCAUGGCUUAUUCACAUUCAACACUCAACAACAUCAUUAUCAUUUUCGACAUUGCACCGUUUGCAUCCUCGUCAUUUAUCUGAUUUCCAAGAAUACCAACAAUCAUGAAUACCAAUAAGGGAUAGGAAAGUCUCUAGUAUCAGUAUCUAGCACGUAAGGAACUACCCACCUGUGAUUUGUCAUAUCUUCAUCAACGUCAUCAACAUUCUCUUCUCCAUCCACGUAAGAAUAGCAUUUUUGUCAACAUACCAGCGACGCUCAGAGCACAUACAGGAAAUCAACCUCGUUGCUUAGUAUCCCUAAGUAACCCUAUUAAGUAUCCCUAAGUACUUAACCCUUCUAACCUGCCCGCUCCCAAAAUCUCCCACGACGCUAUCGGCACAGCCUGCACAUUUGUUACUUUUCAUUCUUGCUCCAUUCAUUCUCGUGGGUGUUCCUCUCGGGCGGCGUCAGCAUCCGUUGGUGGAUGAAU